AUGAUAUUAACUGUUCUCCCUGUACGAGAAAUCGACUGUAUUACAACACCGCAGGGGAGUUCCACUAGCAGAUCAUGCUCAGCAGGGUACUACCUGGAUAUCACGUCUGGGUCCUGGAAAUGUCCGGGGACUUGGGGUUGCAGUGGUAGUCUAAAUGUUCAUUCCCAAAUGGAUUCUAACUGUAAUUACCCUAUCGGAGGUUCCUGUACUAUAUAUGCCACCAACUCCUGGCUGGGAGGAGAUCCAUGUUCAGGGUGUACUAAAGACCUGGUGUGGUCUUACAGUUGCUACUCAAUAUGGGGAAAUUGGGGAUCGUGGUCGUCCUGUCCCGGUGACUGCUCGACUCAGUCAAUAGUGAGAUACAGAUCUUGUGUCAGGCCAGGGGGAGGAUGUGGAACAGCUCCCUCACAAUCAAUGGGCUGCCUAAGAUAUGGCUGUAAUUCAUCCUCAGAAUUCGCCAGAUCUACACCCAGUGAUCAGACCUAUUACCCGCUAUCAACAAGUUGUUUCCUUGCCUUAGGGAGGGCAUCCUUUACUUUUAGAGCGAGGGCUAACAAUGACCUUCACUUGAUGCUGAAUAGCCAUGCCAACUCCUCUAGUGGUUCAUACUAUGAAUUCAUCAUUGCCGGAUGGAGUAACACUAAGUCUGUUCUCAGGAUCGAUGGAACUCAGUGUGAUGAACAUUAUCAAGUACUUCUAAGUCAAUCCUGGUACGACAAUUUCUGGAUUUCUUGGUCUGGGACCACAAUCCAAAUGGGCAUAGGUACGACAGUCGGCAGCAGUGUCAAACUGAACUGUACACAUUCCCCGAGACACGAUGUCAGGUAUAUCUGGAUCAAAACAGGAUGGGGGUCUUCAGGUCAAUGGAGGUUCCCUAACGAUGUUUCCUGUACCCAUGAAUUAAACGGCAACGUGAACGUUUCCACAAGUGCUACAAGUUGUAAUGGAGUCAGCACUUACGCAUGUAACUCAGGAUACAAACAGGUUGCUGGGAACACACAGCGAACAUGUUACGGAAAGUUCUGGACGGGAUACCCACUUGUCUGUUCCGUUUCAACCUGCAAGAUAGACAUCCUGUUUAUUAUAGAGGCUUCCUCAUACACCUCUUCUAUUUACUCUGAAUUAGUAUCGGUUAUUGGUGAUUUGGUGAGGACUAUGCAAAUUUCAACCAGUAAUAUACAAGUUGGGUUGAUAUCCUAUGAUAAUGCUAUCGACCAGAAUUUCAAGUUUAACGUUUAUACUACAGCGGCAUCGUUGGACACCGCAAUUACGGCAUUAAGAAUACCAUUCGCCUUUACUACAACUAACCUGGCCGAGGCAUUACGUGUUGCAUUUUACGAUUUUGUUAAAUUGUCAAAUGGAAACAGAUUUCAAGCAUAUAAAUAUUUUGUUAUUGUUGGUAAAUCAGGCCCUACACAUGCCGGUGCAGAUAUCGGAACCAGUAUACGACAGCUGGCAAAAAAUCAGGUGUUCGGAAUUGGUAUUUCCCCAACCACGGCUUUGGCCAAUGAUCUUAAGUCCGCCGCUGGAAGUACUGCUAGAUACGUCGAGGCAACCUCCCCAGCAGACCUAGCUACACAAUUUAACACCGUUCUUACAAAAAUCGCUGUCUGCCCAACGUCUGCUUUUCCUGGUCCUACGUCAGUAGCUUGCAAGCUCGACAUAGUUUUCAUCGUUGAAAAUUUUAAUCUUCGCUUCAUUAAAAGAUUUGUGGCAGAGUUAGUCGAGGAUCUACCGAUUUCUUCAACUGGCGUCAGGGUAGGUUUUGUGGUAUUUGAUGACGGAGCAAGAACCGAGUUUGGACUUACUGCUCAUACCACCGAGGCCGUCAAAAGGGCAAUUGAAGGAAUUUCAGAGACGUCUAGCAAUUAUCAUUAUGUAGAUAAGGGAUUAAUUCAUGCUCGUGACAACGUGUUCACGGCUGCUGGUGGAGAUCGGGCGGAUGCUGUCAAUUAUUAUGUUUUUAUCGUUGGGCCUUUUUACAGUGAUCCAGUCACAACGGCAAGGCUCAUCAGAAGAAGUGGGGACAAUAUAAUUUUUGGCGUUCACAUUGGAACGAGGUACCAAACUGAAUAUAAGGAGUCUGUCGGUUCAUGUGGUGACUAUACGAAAUAUACAAGUGUGGAUUUGUACAAUAACUUGAUCAACAUUAAAGAGAAAGUGAAAGAAAAAAUCACUACAUGUCAUCAAAGUCCGCAACACACACAAGACAAUUGCACCAUUGAUGAGAAGAAGCAGACCUCUAGCAUGCACUGGAGUAUCAUCGUCGUCAUUGUCGUCGCUUUCAUAGUUGUAAUGAUGUCAGGAGUGGCUAUAUUUGUCUUUUUGUAUAGACGAAACAGCUAUUCAAAGAAUAAAGAAACACACAUUCGUGAAGGAACGACACACAGUAACUAUGACAGCAUUGAUGGAUCUGGCGAAAUUAAAGAUCAUACUUAUGAAACUGUGGAUACAAGCAUAGGUACUUCUGACAGAGGACCAAAGGAGGAAAUUUCUCAAUCUGGAGUCGAAGACAAUGGAUAUGAGACCCCUCUUGAAAGAGUUUCUGCAACUGAAACCGCAGCAGUCCAGAUUCAAAGAGAAACAGGAUUUUAUCACAGCUAUGUGGACAUUAACUAG